AUGGUGGUCGAAACCAAGGAACAGCCGGUAAAGCACACCUCCGGAGACUCCUCCUCUGAUGAGGACGAAGAGACUCAUGGUGCCCAGGUCAUCACGGAGGAACAAGCCAAGGUCGCGGAAGCUGCUGGCCUCUCCGAACAGGCAUGUUGACCUCUUCCAUCUCGUCUGUCUAUUUAGUCUUGGGCUAUAAAACACUCACGUGGUAUUUUUAGGUCUCCGAGAAGGGUUCCAAGCAAUCGAGAUCCGAGAAAAAGGCCCGAAAACUUUUCUCCAAACUCGGCUUGAAGCCAGUCCAUGGAGUCUCCCGUGUUUCCAUCCGAAAGUCCAAAUCCAUUUUGUUCGUAAUCAAUAAGCCAGAUGUUUACAAGAGCCCUGGCUCCGACACUUACAUCGUCUUUGGCGAAGCCAAGAUCGAAGAUUUGAGUCAACACGCUCAGCUGGCCGAUGUCGAGAACUUCAAGCCUCCAUCUGCCAAUAUCAUGCAGAAUGUGAACCGUUUGGCCCCUCAGCAAGAGGAAAGCGACACCGAAGAAGUGGAUGCAACCGGCCUGGAAGAAAAGGACAUUGAGUUGGUCAUGUCGCAGGCCAACGUCAGUCGCAAUAAAGCCAUAAAAGCGUUGAAGAAUGCAGACAAUGAUCUGGUGAAUGCCAUCAUGGAGUUGACGAUGUGA